AUGGACUAUGAAUAGAAUAAUUAUUAGGCAUUCGAUAUUGAGAUUGUGGAUACUGAGCAACUGAGAAUAGAGCAUGCAAGAUUGAGCUUCAUCAGAAAGGUAAGAUAUUGCCUAAUGAGGUGUUUCUGAUAAUUUUAUUUCAAAUUGGAUUUACUUUCAUUACUACAUUGAUAGCAUAUUCUCAAAUUCCAAUAAUUGAUUACCUUUGCAGUAGACCCUUCUUCUUUUGGAUAUUUAUAGUUGUAUUGAUCUUGGUGGUAUUUUUGCUAAUGAGAUUUUAAAAGUAAGUUUACAUGUAAAUCAAGAUUAGCCAAACAACAUCCCUAUAAUUACAUCUGUUAUAGUAGUUUCACACUCUCCAUCUCAUACAUUUUUUGUUACACCACCCAUCAUUAUCCUACCUACUCAAAUCAUGUCAUUUCUUUGAUUACACUACAAUUUGGCAUCAUCAUUUCACUCCUCGUCUACUCGCACUUCACAGCAUCAGAAAUCAAUUUGAAUAAAGGUUUAACAUUCAUUCUUAUCACUAUUGCUCUGCUAUUCAUCUUCCUAUUGCUCUACUUCGAAUUGUCCCUGAAGUUUUUAUUUAUUUUAUCAUUCCUUUUCAUCUUGUAUGGAGUGCAUAUCAUUAUUGAUACACUUCUAAUUGUCAACGGAGAAGUAAGAAUUUAAUAAUUAGAUUAGAAACAUGAAUUGGACAUAGAUGACUAUAUCAUUGCAGCCUUGAUGACAUAAGUUGACAUUAUUGGACUCAUUUCAAUACUUUUUCAAAAACUGCUUUCCUAAAUUUCAAAGAUACAAAUCAACAGUAACUGA